UGACAACAAUACCCUCAACCCAAAAAUAAUUAUUUACAUUUAAUUUUCAAGUCUAUAUAUUGUCGACAUAUAUAAAAUAAUAAAUAGAGUGUUGCAGAUGACAAGGGCGUGUAUAACGGGGCUUUUGUGAACAAGAAGACUCUAAAAAUCGCAUUUUUUUUCUCGGAUUGUUCACUUGAAAUCAAAAUCCCGAAGAUCAACGACCAACCAUCGCAAUGUUUGAUCCUUCGUCGAAAUCGUUCAACACCCAUUUGAUUUUCCCGACAACUUUCGGUGAUCAUCCGGAUUCCGGCGUGUGUUCACCUCCUCUGUGGAGAACCAGUCCACCGAAGAGUCCUCCUUCUCAGCGGCGCAAUAGCUACCAGAGCCUCUCCCCUGUCUCGAAAGCUCAGGUCAUCGCUCGUGGUCAGCGAGAGCUUAUGGAGAUGGUUAGCAAGAUGCCCGAGUCGUGCUACGAGCUUUCCUUGAAGGAUCUCGUCGAGGUGAAGGCAGACGAAGACAAGGUGUUCGAUGAAUCUCCUCAGAGAAGGACCAAGCGGAGCAGAGCCGUGAGGAAGACGAAAUGGGUCGGUCCGGUUCGGAGCAACAGUGGGUUUCUUCUGAAACUGGUGUUUCCUGUUAGCUUGGGUGGUAAGAAAAAGACGACGAAGAAAGAUGGGGAUGCUUCUUCUGUGACAAGCAAAGGCUCUUGGAUUUCCCCCAGACCUUCUUUGUCGGUGAAACCAGAGGAUAAAGAUUGGUGGAAGAAUGGGUUGUCAGAAUCGCGUAGGAGUCAGAGAGGCGUCUCGAGGAUCAACAGUGGGAGCUCAAAGAGCAGUGGUGGCAGUAGCAGCAGAAGCAACGGCGAUCCAAGUCUAAGGGAUGAAAAUAGCGGAUGCUUAUCUUUCCUCUGGAGUGUACAUCUACGAGAUUAAAACCAAAAGUUCUUCAUUGGUCUAUACACUUCUUUGGUUUAGACCGAUUCAUACAGCUCCAGCCGGAUUUAGUGCCUUCUGUAAAAAAAAUCCAUGGGCGAAUGAAUCCAGGAAUGGUGAAGAUGAAAGCAGAGGACAUGAACAUCUUCUUCACUGUACAAUCAAAGAUUGUAUCACUUUUAUUUCUUCUUCUUCUAGUUCUCCUUUAAUUGAGUUUUCUUUUGUAAGCCUAUGUAAUGUAUAGAUAGAUACUCCAGCUUUUGCUAACAUAAACCGUCAAAAGUGUACCCCCAAGGCGUAAAUUUUUCUUAGCGUUUAAAAAACGAGGUGUAAAGAAUAUUAUCUACCACCGAUGGUGACAGUAUAAUUUGAGUUUUUGUCUUUUUAUAUACAUGCUUGGAAGAGAUUCAAAGUUGUACCAAAGCAGGAAGUAACAAUAGGAACAGGUCAAAUUGCUUUUGUAAACAAAAAUAGAAUGAGCAACC